AUGGUUAGCGGUGUAAAGAGAAAGCAUGGAGUUCAACUACUUGGCAUGAUAGUGCUGAUGUUUGUAUUCUUUGGUCUGAUGUUCUAUAUGUUUGGAGGUGGAGACAGCUUUAAAUUGAUACAUGUCGAGGGUAACAUACAUGUCUUUGACAAUGGCAAUGGCAUAAGACAGUUCAAGUUCAGUAAGAAUGGUGACAGACAAUCAGAGAUCAAAAUUGGAGAUGUAGAACAUGUACCAUUAGCAUAUAUAAGAGCUACGAUAGCAUCACUUACAUUCUUGACAAAGAGACCGACAUCUAUAUUGUUGGUUGGAUUGGGCGGCGGCUCAAUCGCAACCUACCUACACAAGCAUUUCCCAUCGGCUCAUAUCGAUAUUGUAGAGAUGCAUCAGAGGAUGUUGGACGUGGCCGAGCAGUAUUCAAACUUUAGACGUAACGAUAACGUUGUGGUUCACAUCUCUGAUGGCUUGGACUAUGUGGAGAGACAAAGCAGAGCUGGCAAGCACUAUGACCUGAUCUAUCAGGAUGGCUGCUCAUCGGCCCCGUGCAACUUGAUGACGGUGGACGGCUUCAAGAUCAUGUCCAAACUGUUGUCACCGGAGGGUGUCUACCUCCAGAAUCUCAUUGGUCUGCGAAGGCACUUUGGUGUUAUACGCAACAUGCAAGAGGCAUUCAGAGAGCUGUACUACGUCGAGUCUGGCAGUGUCAAUCAAGUGUUCAUUGGAUACAAUUAUAAUGUAUCACUAAGCACUAGUGAUCUAGUGACUCGAGGCGAAAUGUUCCAGCUACAAGAGAAGCCAUACUUCAACGUCGUCAAUGAGUUCUCUACACAUUUCAAGAGGCUGACAAAUGUAAUGAUCAAUGUCGACAACUAUAUAUAUCAAGAGUAA